UUGUCCCGCACAGCACGAGCACACGGCUGUCUUUUCCAACACGGGACGCAUCCCGCACCCUCUCACUGCAACAUGGCGACAGAGUUCCACAACCUUCAGGAGCUGAGGCACAGCGCAUCGUUGGUAACAAAGGUGUUCAUACAGAGAGACUACAGCGAAGGAACCGUCUGCCGCUUCCUGACCAAGUUCCCCUCAGAGCUCGACAACAGGAUCGAGCGAACGCUGCUCGAGGAGACGGUGAAGACGCUCAACUCUUACUAUGUGGAGGCUGAAAAAAUCGGAGGUCAGUCGUACCUGGAAGGAUGUCUGGCCUGUGCGACAGCUUACAUCAUCUUCCUCUGCAUGGAGACACGCUAUGAGAAGGUGCUAAAGAAGAUAUCGGGCUACAUCCAAGAGCAGAAUGAGAAGAUCUACGCUCCGAGAGGUCUGCUGCUCACUGACCCCAUAGAGAGAGGGAUGAGGGUUCUAGAGGUGAGCGUGUUUGAAGACCGGGGCUCGGGCAGCUCCAGUCCCAGCAGCAGCAUGUCGUCGGCGGGCAGCAGCGCUCGGUGACUGGAGGGGCAGCGCCAGGCUUACGGGUACCACCACAGGGGCAGCGGGACGCUUACCAACAUCCGCAUGCUGAAACAUGAGAGCACCAGGUUCUAAGACAAGUGCUGAGAAAAAAAAAAGGCGAGGAGGUGAUCCACAGCAUUCACAAUCUCCUCUGCUGGGGCCUUCGACAUACCACCUCAAGAACAGGAACUGGCUCACACAAACACACUGGAUAUGCAACAGAACCCACACAAGUACAAGCCAACAUCCAGGGUGUCUGUGAGGGAAUAUCCUUCACUCUCCAACAGCUGUCCGAACCAAAAUAAUCAUCCUUUCUUUUGUUCUGAUUUCCUCCCCUCUCACUUUCCCUCAUUCCAUCGCGUCUUGUUUCCAUGAGUCACACCACGAUUCAGCAGGCUUUCCCUUGAUUAAACGGGACGUCAAUGCUUGAUUGUUCUCAGUUAGGGUCACUGUCACAGUGUCUAUCGGCAGCGUAGUCGAACUUGAAAUCUGGAAGGAGGAAAACUACCCGCCUCCCGGGAGACCCAAUGUUCUCCGUUCUCGCUGAGUGAUUGCAUUCAUGUCAGGUUGGUCGGGGUCAAGCCGCCUUGAAUGCUGGCAAAUUGGGCCCCGCUGUGGGAUCGGUUGGUUCUAUGCUCUGUUCACAUGCAUUUGGCUUCAGUAUCAAACUGCUAACAGAGAGCACCUUGGCUUAUUUAUCCUCCUCAUUCAGAGCAGUGGAUGCUGGUGAUCCACAUCACAGCUGUAGGUCACCACACUCCUACGCACACACACGCACAGAACCGUGCCCAAGUACUCAUACAGACACAUACUAGCGAGAGACAUGCGUACAUACACAGACUCUCGGUUGUGAAUUCCUGCACACACACACACACUCACACAAAUACUCUGGCGGUUGCGGAGUCGAAUCUAGCCAAACAGUAUUCUCUGUGGUCUCAGCUCAUUGCAAGCAAACCCAGGCCCUGGUCUUGUGCACGUGUGUCUUAUGCGUUGUGGGCGUGCAUGUGCCUGUGCCAUUAGCCCCAGCCUCAACUAGUGUGAGAUGAAAGCUCAGUCGAUCAUUAAGGAGAUGUCAGAGAACAAAGAUCAGCGCCCCAAAUGAGAACCGAACACACUCUGACAUGUUUGGCUCUGAGAGAGGGCGGGUUGUUAUCUCCGCUGCUGUUUGAUCUGAUGUUGGCGCAUGGAGGUUAAUGAAAAAGUGUGUGUAGGAGAUUCGGCACACACAGGGUUCGUUACCUGAGCUUCUUUUAGUCUGUCGGCAGCAUAUUUUUUUAUUUGUAUCAAGACCAUAAUGACUAAAUAGAAUGUGUUGCAUUAGUCUUGCACACAACAGUAAUGUAAGAAAUGCAGGGAUGUGUUGAUGCAGAUGCAGAUUUAACAUUUCUAACAUCAAAGUCUUUUAGUUCAUUAGCAUUUUUUUUUUUUCAAAUCUGUUUUCCAUUAUCAGAAAGAUAGGCAUCACUUUAGAUGUCAUUUUGUCAGUGCACCACAGCUGUAGCUCCCUCUAGGGUCAGGCCGGGGAAGUUCUGAACCUCUGAAAGAAAAGUCGCCAGAAUCAUUCAACCUUAUGCUCCGUAAUAGAACAUAAUAUUCAUCUGACAGUACUUUUCUAAUAUCGUCAGUGCUCACAAGACAGUGCAGCCUGAGGAUCAUUAAUUCCAUCUCCCUAUUUUUAGGGAAAAUAGUUAAUCCGGUCUGACUAACAUGCGCGUGUGUGUGGGCAGGCUGACGAGACAAAAUACGGAUCAUUAUGUAGCAAAAAAGUUGAUGCCAGUAGACAGCACGCCCACACAACGCCUAACAAAAGACAAGACCUCCUGAAAACAACCUAAGCCCCGUUUCACUGUCUGUAUAUUUUAUUUCAGUUGCCACACUUUCUGUCUCCUGUUUCUUUACCAUUUUUUGCACUGUUUUUUGUUACACUCAAUCCUUAACAUGAUCCGUUAGUUACCUGUGGGAGUGUAGCCCUCAACCCUUCUUUAGCCCAGUCGUUAGCUACAGUCUGAGCAAAAACCCUCAGCCAGAGCCCUGCCUUGCGACCAGCCCUGUGCACUUUCACCAGAGCAGCGGUGUCAAGUUGAAGUUAAACUACUCACGGAAAAGUCAUUGUAGAUUCAAAGACUUUUUGAUUCACCCCAGUGGAUGGUUUAAUUAAAACUCGACAUUUUAAUACCUGGAUGAAUGAGACAAAACCUACUUAGACAUUUUACCACAGCAGUUGAGUUCAGUCGUGCUUGUGUUCAGCCUCCUGUGCUUUUUCGAUGCCUUCAUGUUUCAUCCCAGUGGAAUGGAUACCCAACCUGGGGCUGAUGGACUGAUCAAUUAACAAAUGACUCAACACUGCCAAUAAGCGAAUAAAGGAGCUCAUUGGACAAUGUAUAAAGGAAAAAAAACAAACAAACAAUGAGUGUGUCUGAACUGUGCAGCCGAAGAGCUGUACCGUACAUGCUCAUCUGGGUUUGUGAAGUGUAAAGAAGUCGAUCGAAAUGCCAUAAUGCUAUUUAAUUCCAAAACAUCUUUGAUGCCCAGUAUUAGUCCCUAAAUACAUUUUUUGAUGUUUUAAUAUCCUCUCUAAUUUUGGCAUCAAGUGACAGAGCAGCUAUAAAGCAUAUUGUCUGUACAGCUGUCAGCUGCUUUGUAGUAUCUUCUGGAAAAUGAAGAUCUUUUUUUUGUUUUUGUCUGAGAAGUGUUGAUGAUGUAGCUUAUGAUGUUGUUAUUUACAAUGUCAGUUAUUGUAGUGGAGGUAAAUAGAGGGGUGAUGAUGAUGAUGAUGAUGAUGAUGAUCCUCAGGGGACAGUGUAAAAUGUGCCAAAUACAAAGUAAAGGAUAGGUUCAGGUUUAAACAUACUGGCAGCUUUAAGCAGUGCAAUGAUGCUGUGUUGGUUUUUCCACCUCCUUCCAAACUGAAAUAGCUAGAUAACUAUUGGAUUGACAUGAACCUUGGAUCAGAAAUCCAAGAUAUUCAAUCAAAAAUAGUCAUUCCCUCCCUCCUCCUUUUUACAUCUGCAAAUGUUGGCACAUACAAAGACAAGAAGCUUAAAAAACUCAGGGUUGUGUCUUGAGAGGCAUUUUUACGACUGAAACUUGGAUAAAUGAAUGGAUUUUUUCUUUCUUGCACCAUAAAAAGAUCAAGUGGUGUGCAAGUUGCCUCUGACUCAGAUAUCCAUGGUGCCAGCAGACUUUUCCUGAUCCCCUGACUUUUCCCUGUGUGUGCCACCAUGAGGUUAAGUUAGUUAGUUAGUUAGUUAGUUAGUUAGUUAGUUAGUUAGUUAGUUAGUCAUCAACUGAACAUUGUAGUUUGUUUAAUCUGGUUUGUGACUACAUAAUGACAUUCCGACGAGCCUCCGCUGUACUUGGUUAACUGUUAAUUGUGUUAACAUGCCAACACGCUAAACUAAGAUGUCAAACAUUUUACCAGCUAGAAUAGCAUUUUUCAUUGUGAACGUGUUAGCAUGUUAACAUUAGCAUUUGGCAUUUAUUGGUAUCUAAGUACAGUCUAGCAUGACUGUAGACUAUUAGGUCCUGUGUGUAGAAUAUAGUGGCACCUAGCGAAGGAUGUUCAACCAACUGAAUACCCCUCGUCUCAUUCUUUCCUACGGAGACCACUGAAAACAUGAAGAGCUCUAUCAAUCUCAAAAGCCAGUGUUUGGUUUGUCCAUUCUGGGCCACUGUAGAAACAGCGCAGACUGUGAUGGGAUCUGUGUCCUCUGUAGUUCAAAGGGAGUCAUUCUAAGGUAACGAAAACACAACAAUUACUAGGAAUGAACAUGGUAUUUUGAAUAUUACAUUCCAUUUCUGCCAGUACAUCCUCCUUAAUCCUCCACACUGGACCUUUAAAUAUGUCUUAAAACAUCAAACACCUGCAAUACGUCGCUUAAACCACAGGGACAGUUAGAGCAGCAAUCCAUCCCUCGUUGAGUGACUCUUUAAUGGACGUAUGGGCAUGUAAAUAGUGUUUUAAAAAAUACAAAAAAAAAAAAAUCUGAACCUAUCCUUUAAGACUGAGGUGAAAAAGAAGCACUGCGUAGCUCGUUCUUCCUGUAACCACUUCUUUGAUUAAUGAGGACGACCGAGGGAGAGAAGAUUGUGAUAUGGUGGUAAUGUAUUCUCGUAACAAGAUGUGCUCCAAGAUAUCAGUGCAUUAUCACUGAGCAGAUUUAAUGUUUGGUCCUUGAACCUCUAUCGUGCUGAAUAUCCAGAUAACCUCUGUGCCAAAACGUGGAGGAGCCGCAGAGAUUUAAAACUUGUGGACCAAGUGAUGAUGUACAGUCCUUUAUCAGUAUGUAAAUUCCCACAUGUCAUAUAUUUAACCUGUACUGUAUUUGCGAGUGCGGCAAGAGCACUAAGUCCCAGAUACUGUAUGUUUGUUAUGCUGUUACAAGUGAGAGGUUACUCAUAGUGCAAUAUGAUGUCUUCCUGAUGUAGAAGAUGCCGUGUAGAGUCUUGAGUUCUGAGCCGUUCUGCCUCGGGGAGACUUAAACUGCAUUGAUGUUUAAUGCUGCAUGAUGUGUGUGUAAACAAAGCGAGCACCAGAUGACAAGAGCCGAAAUCCCCGAUCAACAAAGUCCCUCGGUUGAGCUGCUGUGAGAGAGGAAUUUCUAUCUUAUCUCGGUGUUAUCUGUGUGUUUACAUCGGAUUAUUUACAUAUUUAUUGAAAUGGAUUCAUGUAUAUUUUUUCUCAAAGCUGAUUAUUAUUCAAUGCCGGGGGAGAAGGAGUCUCAACUGUCUCCAAGAGAUGAAUAAAAGUGUCUGAUGA